AUUUCCGCAACCACAAGCAGCAGCACAACAAGCGUUCGCAGGCAUCUUUCUGUCUCACACUCUCCUUGUCACCUUCGCCUUCCUUCCUUCACAACUCCACACGCGCCAUGCCUCGACGAGGAAUCAUCUCUACAGACCGGGAUGCCGUCCCAGAGACAGAUGUCCCUGUGUACUACUGCCUGUGCGGCCAUCUGGCGCUCAUCUCAGAGAAACCGAUUGAGACGCUGCCAAAGCGAAACACAGAUGGCGCGGCCUUUUUCGAUGGGUCAAAGGGAAAGUACAGUUUGAACAUGACCAGUGAUGAAACCAUCGUCGUGAGAAGGGAAAAGGGUGUGGAGGUGCAGUAUUGCCUGAAGUGCAACACAUGUGGUUUGCCACUGGCGUAUCAAACAGAUUCAAAGUCCAAACAGUACUUCUUGCGCCAAGGUGCGUUGCUCAAAUCUGGCGAGACGUCGGAACUGGCAAAGAACCUCCCCACCAUCGAAGAACUGGAGGAAAUGCAGGCAUCAUCGGGUGAGGGCGGGAAGGACGCGAAAAAGUCGAUUGCUGGGUCCCUGUUUGCCGCGCAGUACACACAGACGGGAGGACAGAGUGUCAGGAACAAGUCGUACGAAGCAGAUGCACGCGAGGUGCACAGAGCAAUGAACAAGCAGCAUCGCCCACAGGGUGAUGAAGGACAGCACCAAACAUCGUCGUCGUCAUCAUCAUCUGCAAAAGGAACACUUCUCACUUCAUGACGCCCCUCCCACGCAUGUCGCAAUGGUCUCUUCAGUGUAUGUGUGUGUGUGUUUGCGUGUGUGUGUGUGUUUUUCUCCGUAGCGUGCACAGCGUGUUCCUGCUCGUGUGUCAUUACAAAUCACAGCUAG